AAGAGGAGCGGUUUGGUCAGGAGGAACUGAAUGGAAAGGAGGAGCAGAGUAGCAACAAGAAGCUGAGUGAAAAAGAAGAGCCGAGUGUCAAAAAGAAGCUCAUCGGGAAAAGAAGGAAACGUAUCAAAUCGGAGCUGAUCAGAGACAGGGAACUGAACGGCAAAAAUGAGCAGAGCGGAACAAAGGAGCUGAAUGAACAAAAGGAGCUGAACAGAAGUGAAGAGCCGAGUGGCAAAAAAGAGAUGAACAAAAGUGAGGAGCUGAAGGAAAACCAGGUGGGGAGAAGCAAAACACAGCAAAGCAGAUAUGAUGAGCUGAGAAGCAAAAAGAGGCUGAGAGGGAAAAAGGUUUGGCAUGAAGAGCAGAAGCUAGGUGGAAGAGCAAAGGAUACAAACUACAUGCACCAUCGUGACAGGGUGGGUGAGGAGCUGAAAGAUAAGGUGUGGGACGAUGAGAUGUCUAGCAGCAUGCUGGAUCACUCAAUGAAGAAGGAUUGGGACUACUACCAGACAAUGAAUAAUUAUGGAGUAAAGUUGUCCGGCCCCGUCGAUGUCUUUGGCAGGCCAAAGCUGACCGGUCCUGAGCUUCUCUGCAAACUUAAGAAAAAGGUUGAGCUCACAACUUUGACCUUUGACUUCGAGCCUUUCUCAUCGUUGCCCUGGGCCACUCAGCUGCCUCACCGGCAGCUGACCUCUGACGUUGGACCAUACAAGACCUGCGCUGUGGUGUCAUCAGCAGGGUCGCUCCUCAAAUCUGGACUGGGAAAAGAGAUAGACUCUCAUGAUGCAGUGAUACGUUUCAACAAAGCACCAACCAUCGGCUUUGAGGAAGAUGUCGGAUCUAAACGGACAGUCCACCUCUUCAACUCAAAGGUGAUGGCAAAAUCUAAAUAUAAGUUCUUGUCAAGUUCUUUGUUCAACUCAGGUGUUCUGGUAGCAUGGGACCCCGCCCCUUUUUCUUCAAACCUAACUCAGUGGUACAACCAUACGGAGUAUCCCAUCUUCCUUCAGUAUCAAAAAUACAAGAAGCUUCACUCGAAGCAGCCUUUCUACAUCCUGCAUCCUCGCUUUGGCUGGCAGCUCUGGCAGCUAAUACAGGACAACAUGGAUGAGCCCAUUCAGAAGAAUCCACCCUCUUCUGGCUUCCUUGGAAUUGUCCUCAUGAUGUCUCUGUGCGAGGUGGUGCACGUCUACGAGUUCCUGCCGUCCCACAGAAGGACAAAUCUCUGUCACUACUACGAGCAGCUUUACAGUGAAGCCUGCACGGUCGGCUCUUACCACCCCUUGAUGUACGAGAAGAACCUGGUCAAACGCAUGAACCUGGGCUCUGACCGUGAAAUCUACAUGGACGGACGCGUCACGCUUCCCGGGUUCAGCAAGAUAAACUGCAACACUGAUGGAGCGACUCAAUAUGAGGACUGA